AUGCCCACUGUGACCCCUCAGGAAUUUGAUUUUUCUUCGAAACUGAAUCUCUUUCGAACAUUUGAUGAAGCUCAAAGUACGAGUGAAUUGAAUUUAAAUGGACGAAAAUUAAGAGAAUUUCCUCGUAUCGGUGAUAAAUGGGAUUUAAAGGAUACAGUUGUAGCGGAUCUGUCAAAGAAUCGUUUUUCAGAAUUUCCACGUGAAUUAUGUACAUUUUCUUCGCUUGAAAGACUGAACUUGUAUAACAAUGUAAUUAAAUCUAUACCUGAACAAGUUGUGAAAAUCCGUGUAUUGAAAAUACUUGAUCUAAGUUGCAACGAUAUUACGCAUUUACCGUUUCAAAUUGGGUCAUUACCAUGUCUGAGAACGUUAAAUAUUAGAAAAAAUAUGAUUGUCGAAUUGCCACCAGAACUAUGUUUUCUGAAAUUAAUCCAAUUUGAUUGUGCGUACAAUCGUAUUAUUCGCUUACCCUUGGGUUUACGAGAAAUGGUGACAUUGAUUGAACUGAAUGUCGAACAUAAUCCACUAGAACUCCCACCAGCUGUUUGCACAAACGGUCUACUUCAUAUAAUGAGGUAUUUACUAUUUGAAGCAAUGAAAGAAGAAAAACGUCGUGGUUUACUAACAGAAUAUGAAAUAAAUGCAAAAUAUAGAAAUUCAUUUUCUUAUCAAGGCUCAAGACAUUUACAAUGUGGAAAACGUGGAAGAAAAACCGUUGCCUCGUCGGAUUCUGGUUAUUUAACAACUGAAGGCAGCGAAAAAACAAUGGGUGAUGAUGAUUCAUGUUUGAAUAUCCAAGCAGAUCAGGCAACAAGAAAUGAACCAUCGCUAAUGCUAAGUCUUGCUGAUGAGUUUUCAAAAGAAUUGGCAAGACAAAAAGCCGAUUACGAACGAAAAAAAUUUCAAGCGCAACAGUUAAAACGACAUCUACUACAACAGUUAGGAGAAACGGAAACACAAAGAGAAAAGGCACGAGAUAUUGCUCGACGUGCUCAUGAAGAAAAAUUAGCGCUAAUGGAAAAACAACGGGAAGAUGCGAGAAGAAAAAUGGAAAGCCGAAAUGUUCAGUUGUUCAAUUUAUCAUCAAAAGAAGAUCUGUACGAGAAACAAAGAUAUUGGCCCACCACGAUAAGACAAAAUUGUGCAACAGUAAAUCUUGGAAGGCAAAUGUCUACCACUUGUCCUACAACGGGUUCGCAAUCCCCAUCGACAUUGUCUUCGACUACAGCAACUUAUCAGCGAUCGAUAUCAAUUGACAAUGCAACGGUCGGCGAACUGCUAAUGAGAUCAAAUCGUGCUGUUAGUGUUGAACCGAAUUUAAUCGCUGGUGGAGAUCCACUACCUUCAAAUGUUAAUCAUUCAAUUGUUCAUAUAAACGGAAGUAAUCACAAAUUAUCAUCCCCACCAAGUGACACAAUCAAUAAACAAUUUACAUCUAGUUCAGAUACAAUUGAUCGAUCAUCCGGCAGUUAUCCUCCUAGUCGUGUUGAAACAUUAUCUCGAUCUUCUGGAUUAUCAUCAUCAAAUCUAAGCGCUACAAGAAUUGAACAGUCUGUCAAUAUCCCACGAAAUAUGAAUGGUCAUCGUCCGAAACCACAAUUACAGCGUUCGGAUCUGGUCGAAGCUUCGCCACAGCAAAUCGAUUCCCAUUUUCAAGAAGCUAAAAUUGCUAAAUUGCGAUAUUUUGAAGAGCGUCAAACAGCAUUAGUUAAUCAAAGUUUUACCAGUGACAUUCCGGGAUUCCAUAUGCAACCAAGAAGCACAAACACAACACCUUAUUGCAAAAGAAACAGCAAUAAUCCGAAUAAUUCUCAGACAUCACCACUCGAGUAUCCUGGCGCAAAUCCAGCAUUCACAAUACGAAGACAUCUACUUCAAGCGAAAGAAGACAACUUAGCACUAGAACAACUGCGAAAGACGAUUGAAACUCGGCUUAAAGUAGUAUUACCGGAAGAUGUUGGUCAUGCAUUAAGCGAUGGUGUUGUUCUUUGUCAUUUUGUUAAUCAGAUAAGACCACGUGCCGUACAAAGUAUUCACAUACACGUACCAUCUCAAGCAGUUCCCAAAUUAUCAUUGGCAAAAUGUCGACGUAAUGUUGAAAAUUUUAUUGAUGCAAGUCGUCGAAUUGGUGUUCCAGACGUUGAACUCUGUACAGCUCAAGAUAUAAUUGAAAGUAAAAAUACUGUUCGUUUGGCACGUGUUGUACAACUUCUUGUUUGUCCCGAUCAAGUUUUUGAUACCAUUGCAGCACAACAAACAAAUAUGUCUUUUACUCAUGAAACACAUAUACCUACAUACGAAGAACUUGAAUGUCCGUAUGUGAAUGUAUCAUCACCUGUUUUACGAGCAGGCUCAUUUCACAUGGCAAAAUAUUGUGAUUUUCAAUUUAAGGAGUUUAUGCUUUGCAGACAAGAAGAACAAGAUCCUCGAAAAUGUUUGAAAGAAGGAAAAGCCGUGUCUCUUUGUGCAAUUGAUUUUUUUAAAAAAGUUCGCGAUACAUGCAAUGAUUCAUUUACAACAUAUUGGAGUUGUCUUGAUCAUACUCUUAAUGGACAAAUGGAUUUUAAUCAUUGUAAACCACAACAACAUGAAUUUGAAUUAUGUGCGAAAGAUAAGAUUGGAAUUGAGCGCCCUGAACUGGGUUAUUUUUCGAUGGUUCGUCUUCAUGAUUCAAAAAGAUCAGUACCAAGUGAUCCAUUUACAAUGGGUACACUAAAUCGAGUGAAACCAAAAAUGGAACUACCAGAUCCACCAACAACUGCUGAUGCUGAUAAGUAUCCGGAAGCGGUAACGGGAACGAAAUUUGGAAGACGAAAACUAUGGUAUUUUGAAGCAGAGUGA